UUCAGCUAUCCAUCUUCCAAUUGGUUUGAUAUUCUAACCUGACAGGAAAAUUUCACUGACAUUUUGUGGCCCUGUAGUAAUGGCGCACAUGUAAACGAUUCACGGCUUAACGACAGGCCGGACUGACUCUGUUUACGGAGGACACCCGCAUGGACCUAGAUCCUGCCGCUUUGUAAAAGCGAACUAUUGCUUGUCAUAGUUUGAUGAUAAACUGUUAAGCAUGGCGGUGAACGUUCUCGGUUUGGUAGCUAUCGGAGUGUUUUAUGUAAUAAUAUUGAUUAUUGGCAUUGUUGCUGGACGUAAAAGUACCAAAUCCAACGAUGCUGAGGAGUUGUUUGUCGCCAACAGGAGCUUCGGUCUGUUUGUUGCCAGUUUCACUACAGCAGCUACCAUGGUCGGGGGUGGCUACAUCAACGGAACGGCGGAGGCUAUGGGGAGGGAUGGUAUGGUCUGGGCUAUAGGACCAAUAGGAUACAACAUUGGCAUGGCGAUAGCUGGGAUAGUAAUUGCACCAAAAGUCCGCAGUAUGGAAUUCUCGACAAUUUUCGAUCCGUUCCAGCAGAAGUAUGGAAACAGAAUGGGAGGACUGCUCUUCUUCCCGGAGUUGUUGGGCGACCUAUUCUGGGAGGCCGCCAUACUAGGAGCUUUAGGCACCACGCUAUCCAUCGUUCUGGGCCUGGAUAUGACCAUGUCCGUGAUCGUGUCCGCCUGUGUGGCGGUCGUCUACACAUUCUUCGGGGGUCUCUACGCAGUAGCUUACACCGACGUCAUACAGCUGUUCUUCAUGGGAAUAGGGUUGGUGUUAGCCAUACCAUUUGCCGCCAAGAAUCCUGCCGUGGAUUUGUCUCGUGUGGAGAAUACAUGGACGGGACAACUUGACCCACAAUUCAUUGGACUAUACAUAGAUACAAUUUGUAUGCUGAUUAUGGGAGGGAUGCCGUGGCAGGCAUUGUACCAGAGAGUGUUGGCCUGUAAGAGCCCCACACUUGCCAGGAAUGCGUGUCUAUUGGCCGCCGUCAUCUCUCUUCUCCUAGCGAUCCCUCCUGCUGCAGUUGGGGUAAUAGGGUCUGCCACAGAUUGGAAUGCCACCGACUUUAAGGGCAAUGUACCGCUGGACUACAAACAAUGGACUCACAUUUUCCCCAUGGUGCUUCAGUACCUCUGCCCAAUGUCAGUUUCCAUCAUCGGUAUAGGGGCCGUCUCGGCAGCAGUGAUGUCCUCAGCCGAUUCAUGUGUUCUCGCCACAGGAAGUGUAUUUGCAAAUAACAUUUACAAAAACAUAUUUCGACCAAAGGCCACUCAGAGAGAGAUAGUGUGGGUCCUUCGUGGGACCAUUAUCGUCGUGGGCAGUGCUGGAGCGGCCAUUGCUCUCACCGUGGGCAGCGUAUACGGACUCUUUAUCCUGUGUGCUGACCUAAUGUACGUCAUACAGUUCCCACAGCUCGUCUGUGUUCUUUGGUUAAAGUGUGCUAAUACAUACGGUAGUCUCACUGGCUUCAUCGUCGGACUUUUCCUCCGUGUGGCCGGCGGAGAACCAUUCCUCAGUAUAGAUUCUUUGAUUAAGUAUCCCAUGCAUCACGAAGAAUAUGGACAGCUCUUCCCUUUCAAAACUCUUGCAAUGCUUUGUUCUCUUUUCUCUAUUAUUGGCGUUUCCUAUGUGACAGAGCGACUUUUUACCCAUGGAACGUUAUCCAAAAAAUUCGACAUCUUUCGUUGCUAUACGGAAAAGGAAGAAGAACAGAAGACAGGCGAUGCUGAAAUGGAAAAGAAAGAACCUCUUAUGACGAAUACAGAUCCAGACUUUUUCGAAAACGGUCGAUUCGAACUUCGCACCCGAAAUCAAGGCAAAUCUAUUAAUUCCUUCUGAAAACCGGAUGUUUAUAACUAUCCAGACAACUGCCAUAUAGGCAGUGAGAAGAUGUGUAAAUCUUUAUCCAUGGUAAUAGCAUAAACUAGCUAUCUCUAAUUUAUAAUCAGAGAAAAUAUAAGUGUAAAUAUUAUGACAGCAAUGCUCUGGCGAAUAUUGCCAUUACAGGUAUGAAUGAUUUAUCACAUUUGUAAAGUGAACAAUAUUCCACGCAUUCUGUGAAAUUUGAAGGUUACAAUUUUACUGUUAUUAUCAUUAAAGUACAACCACGACAAGUUAGAUAGGUACGGAACCAGUUUACAAUUACCCAGAUCUUGUUCCAACUGUAUAUACAUAUAGAUUGUAUAUGUUGAAUAAACUCAAUACCUUGAAUAAGAAACAUCACAUCGCUUGGUUCCAGUAGACUUUGCUGGGUCGUGGUAGGACGGCUUUGGAAAUAUUGAGUAGAAGCGGUGAAUGCUGAAUGGCAGCUCCGGCUGUAUUUUCACCAAAGAUAUUGUAUAUUUUACGUCUACACUAGGAUCUUAUUGUAAAAGUUAUCCCAUUAACCAGCCAUUUUAUUAACUGAAAAUAAAACUAUUUUCAAUAUAUAUUGUAUGAUCCUUAAUAUCUUUUUUAUCAAUGCAU